AUGGCACAGCCCGUGCCUCAUCAGCCCACCGAUAAGAAGCGCGUCAAGGUCUACGAACUCCGCAACAAUGACUGGUUCGAUCGAGGCACCGGCUUCUGCAGCGCGAGCUUUGAGACUCUUGAGGAUGGUCGCAAAGAACCGCGCGUCAUCGUUGAAUCAGAAGAUCAUCCCGACCGUCUUCUGCUAGAAACGAAAAUUCAAAAAGAAGAUGGAUUCCAGAAGCAACAAGGCACGUCACCAUAUACACUGAUUGUUUGGCAGGAACCUAGUAGUGGAGUUGACAUGGCACUCAGUUUUCAAGAAGCCGAGGGAUGCGCCAUGAUAUGGUUCGUACUGCGUUUUGUGAGCAAUGUUCAACAGACAUUUCAUAACCACCUGCCAGGAGCCGGUACGAAGGACCGCUCAUCACCUAGAGACUACGAUACUGAUAACCAAUGCCUAGAUGACGGCCUUUCUGACGAUCUCCCUAUCGACGCUCCGCCGGCUAUCAACUUGCCCACGGCCGAACUUGGAAAUCUCGGAGAUAUUGAACAGACCAUGCGGAUGAUGAGCACGACGGCAAACGGCCGUGAUGCUCUUGCCAAAGCAAUUAUGGCCGAGGACUUCAUCGGCAAAAUUGUUCCCCUGGUCGAGAUGGCUGAGGACCUCGAGAGUCUUCAAGACUUGCACCGACUCUGCAACAUCAUGAAAACAGUCAUUCUUCUUAACGACACUUCGAUUAUAGAGCACGCGGUGUCGGACGAAUGCGUUUUAGGUGUUGUUGGUGCUCUGGAAUACGACCCUGACUUUCCUAGUCACAAGGCUAAUCAUCGACACUGGCUGGGUAAUCAAGGUCGAUAUAAAGAAGUUGUCCCUAUAGAGGAGGAACAAAUCCGCAGGAAGAUCCACCAAACAUACCGUCUACAGUAUCUAAAGGAUGUCGUUCUGGCUAGAAUACUCGACGAUCCUACUUUUUCGGUUCUCAAUUCUCUCAUUUUUUUCAACCAAGUCGACAUUGUUCAGCACCUGCAAGCGAAUGCCGCUUUUCUUAACGAGUUGUUUGGCAUCUUCAGGCCCACGAACAGCGAUCAGAAGAGAAAGAAGGAAGCAGUGCUCUUCAUCCAGCAAUGUUGUGCUAUUGCCAAGAAUAUCCAACCCCCGGCGCGUCAGACAUUAUACAACAACUUCAUCGCUCACGGACUCCUUUCCGUCAUCCACUUCGGGCUCAGACACCAUGACGUGGGAGUUAGAGUUGGGGCAACUGACAUCCUGAUCUCUAUCAUCGAUCACGACCCCCAAAUGGUUCGUCAGACUUUGUACCGUCAACUGCACGAGAACCAGACACUCCUCACCGACUCUUUGAUUGAUCUUCUAUUGGUGGAAGUUGAUCUUGGCGUCAAGUCUCAAAUCUCAGAAGCCCUCAGAGUCUUAUUAGACCCUGGUCCUCAACAACUGCAAAAUAACGAGGCCCUUGCUAAGGCUAAUGGUGAGUUUAUGGGAAGACAGAGACCUCAAAUCACUAUUGACCCUCAGCAAGAGACUUUCCUCAACAAAUUCUACGAGAAGUCGGCCCCAAGGCUAUUCAAGCCCCUCAUGGACUUAGAGAAGCGAACGGACAUGAACUUUACAGUACAGCAGGCGUCGAUGUUUACGUAUCUUAUUGAGAUUCAGACAUUUUUUAUCCGCUGUCACCAGUUACGCGUCAAGUUGCAUGUAAUGUCUCACGAUAUCGUUAAGCGCAUUGCUCAGCUUCUCGCAUGCCCUGAGAAAUUUUUGAGAUUAGUUGCUAUCCGUUUCUUCCGAUCAUUGAUCGCAAUGCAGGAUGAGUUCUAUAUCAAGCAUCUCAUGGAGAAGCAGGUCCUGGGGCCAAUUCUUGAAGUUCUUAUCGAGACCAUGCCCCGAGACAACCUCUUGUGCUCAGCAUCACUGGAAUUUUUCGAGUUUAUCAAGAAAGAGAAUAUUAAAGACCUGAUCAAACAUCUCGUGGUCAACUAUAGAGAAAAGCUUAGAGGGUUGAGCUAUAUGUCGACUUUUCGGGAGAUCCUUCUUAGAUAUGACCAAACUCAGGGUUACACGUCUAAUGUCGACUAUUUCCUGGAAGCCGAAGACGAGAUGGGCAGGAGACCUCUAGCGAACACAAGGAUGGCCGAGCAAAUCACCGUUGAGCAAGAGCAAGAGGAAUAUUGGGCAACAUCUGAUCCCGAAGAUGAUGACGACCAGUCAAGUAAAGAGGGGGAAAGGACACCAUCCACGAAUGGCUCAAUCACCUCGAAGCUGCUAGUCGACUACGCAUCCGAUGAAGAGACUGACGAAAAUGCCGAUCCUGAAGCUACACCAGAAGCGGAUAGCCAACACAGCGAUGUUGCAUCGGACGCUGUGCACUCGCCUAUUGAUUCGAGCCUUGGAGGAGGUGUUCCACCACCUGAGCGACUUUCAGAGAAGCGUCGACGCGAAGAGGAGGAAGACGAGGAUGAGAUGAGCAAAAUGAUGCAAAAUAAGAGACGCAGCAGCAGCGGUUCUGUCACGGCGAUCCUAGGCAACUCUCGCGGCCCACAAAGACGCAAAAGCUUCAAUGUCAACUCUCCCACUGGAGGCAAGAAGAUCGCCAUCAGUCUCUCUAGCGGCUUAAAAACAGGCAGCGACCCAGGUUCCAACGAGGAGUCAUAA